GCGCGGCGCCGACGUGAGGCGUCGCGGCGAUGACGUCGCGUCGGCGCCGGGCCGAGGAAGGCCCCCGCGGGGCGGGGCGGGGCGGUCCGCGGCGGUGCCGGUAUCCGGUGCCGCCAUGGCUGGUCCGGUGCCCGCUGGUGGAGGACAGCUUCAGCCGGCUGGCCUCGCAGAGCAACGUGUACGGGCUGGCGGCUCUGGAGGGCGGGGAGGGGCCCGGCGGGCUGCUGGCGGCGGCGCUGAAGGGGAAGGUGAUUUACUUCCGGUACCAUGACCUACGGCAGCGGCUGCGGCCCGUAGCCAGGGAACUGCAGUUCACCUACAUCCCGGUUGCCCCCCCAGUGCGGCCUCGUCGUCAGCAUCACCUUCAUCAAGGAACAAUCCCUCCGUCCGCCUCUACAAGGAGAACGAAGGCUCGCACCAGUUUGAGGAGCAGCCGGUCCAGCACCUCUUCCCGGAGCUCCAGGACCUGCCCAGCAACGUCCUCUGGCUCGACGUCUGCAACAUCCCCGGCGCCGGCCAGCACAUCACCGCCUUCGGUUGCCAGAGCGGCUACGUCCGCGUCGCUCGGGUGGACCAGGCCAGUCGAGCGGUGCUCCAGAGCUGGAGUAUCCAGCAGGAUGGUCCCAUCUCCAAGGUCCUGGUGUUCCCGCUGCCAUCGGAGCUGGGAGCCGGCACAGCCCAGGAAGCCCCUCGGAGCCCGUGACGCCCAUCCCACCACCUUCUCCUUCUCCCAGGUGACGCCAUCGCCGCGCAGGGCUACAGCGUCCUCGUCACCAGCACCAUCGAGCUCUCCGUGGUGUACAGGGACAUCUUAACCAACGGACUGGGCAACCAGUUGAUUUUACUGGCCAGUGACCAGUACAACAGCGUCCUCUGCGUGCUGGUGACCGAUGUUGACUUUGACGGCGCCUGCGAGAUCUUCCU